CUGAACCUGAACCUGAACCUGAACCUGGACCUGAACCUGAGCCUGAGUCCAGCUGUGUGUCCAUCAAGAGUGACCAGUCUAUGGAUCAACAUAUUGACUUCAAAGAUGGACGGCACUCUGUGGAUCAUGGAGUCCACCAGCAGAGCUCAGAGGUUCCCAGUGCUCAGUCUGCCCAGCAGCAUCAAACAGACCUGGCCUCCAUAUUUAUGCUGCUGGAGGAGAACAUGGUCACCUUUGUGAAGAAGGAGCUGAAAAACCUCCAGAGGUCUCUGAGUCCAGAUUACCCAGAAUGCUUCGAGAGGCAGAGGGAGGAUGAGGAGGUGUUGGACGGUGAGGAGGAAGAGCAGAGGUGGAGCAGCAGAGAGGCUUUUCUGCAGAUCACACUGCACUUCCUGAGGAGAAUGAAGCAGGAGGAGCUGGCUGAGCGUCUGCAGAGCAAAACUCUCGCAGGGUGCCAACGUGAACUCAGAUCUAACCUGAAGAAGAAGUUUGAGUGUUUGUUUGAAGGGAUUGCUAAAGCAGGAAACCCAACACCUCUGAAUCAGAUCUACACAGAGCUGUACAUCACAGAGGGAGAGAGUGGAGAGCUCAAUGAGGAACAUGAGGUCAGACAGAUUGAAACAGCAUCCAGGAAACCAGCCAGACCAGAAACACCAAUCAAAUGUGAAGACAUCUUUAAACCUUUACCUGGAAGAGAUCAACCAAUCAGAACAGUGAUGACAAAGGGAGUGGCUGGCAUUGGGAAAACAGUCUUAACACAGAAGUUCACUCUGGACUGGGCUGAACACAAAGCCAACCAGCAUGUCCACUUCACAUUUCCAUUCACUUUCAGAGAGCUGAAUCUGCUGAGAGGGAAAAAGUUGAGCUUGGUGGAACUUCUUCAUCACUUCUUCACUGAGACCAAAGAAGCAGGAAUCAGCAGGUUUGAGCAGUUCCAGGUUGUGUUGAUCUUUGAUGGUCUGGAUGAGUGUCGACUUCCUCUGGACUUCAACAACAACCAGAUCCUGACUGAUGUUACAGAGUCCACCUCAGUGGACGUUCUGCUGACAAACCUCAUCAAGGGGAACCUGCUUCCCUCUGCUCGCCUCUGGAUAACCACACGACCUGCAGCAGCCAAUCAGAUCCCUCCUGAGUGCGUUGGCAUGGUGACAGAGGUGAGAGGCUUCACUGACCCACAGAAGGAGGAAUACUUCAAGAAGAGAUUCAGAGAUGAAGAGCAGGCCAGCAGAAUCAUCUCCCACAUCAAGACGCCACAAAGCGUCCACAUAAUGUGCCACAUCCCAGUCUUCUGCUGGAUCACUGCUACAGUACUGGAGGACAUGUUGAAAACCAGUGAGGGAGGAGACCUGCCCAAGACCCUGACUGAGAUGUACAUCCACUUCCUGGUGGUUCAAUCCAAAGUGCAGAAUGUCAAGUAUCAUGGGGGAGCUGAGACAGAUUCACUCUGGACUCCAGAGACCAGGGAGAUGAUCCUGUCUCUGGGAAAACUUGCUUUUGAGCAGCUGGAGAAAGGCAACCUGAUCUUCUAUGAAGCAGACCUGGCAGAGUGUGGCAUUGAUAUCAGAGCAGCCUCAGUGUACUCAGGAGUGUUCACACAGAUCUUUAAAGAGGAGCGUGGGCUGUACCAGGACAAGGUUUUCUGCUUCGUCCAUCUGAGCGUUCAGGAGUUUCUGGCUGCUGUUCAUGUCUUUGUGACAUUCAUCAACUCUGGAGUCAAUCUGCUGUCAGAAGGACAAUCAACCUCCCAACUAAAACACCUCUACCAGAGUGCUGUGGACAAGGCCUUACAGAGUCCAAAUGGACACCUGGACUUGUUCCUGCGCUUCCUCCUGGGUCUUUCACUGCCGACCAAUCAGACUCUCCUACGAGGCCUGCUGACACAGACAGGAAGUGGCUCACAAACCAAUCAGGAAACAGUCCAGUACAUCAAGGAGAAGAUCAGGGACAGUCCCUCUCCAGAGAGAAGCAUCAACCUGUUCCACUGUCUGAAUGAGCUGAAUGACCAUUCUCUAGUGGAGGAGAUCCAACAGUACCUGAGUUCAGGACGUCUCUCCACUGCCAAACUGUCCCCUGCUCAGUGGUCAGCUCUGGUCUUCAUCUUACUGACAUCAGAUGAAGAUCUGGAGGUGUUUGACCUGAGGAAAUACUCUGCUUCAGAGGAGGCUCUUCUGAGGCUGUUGCCACUGGUCAAAGCCUCCAAGAAAUCUGUGUUGAGUGUGUGUAAUCUGUCAGAGAGAAGCUGUGCAGCUCUGGCCUCAGUUCUCAGCUCCCAGUCCUCUAGUCUGAGAGAGCUGGACCUGAGCGACAACCAGCUGCAGGAUUCAGGAGUGAAGCUUCUCUCUGCUGGACUGGAGAGUCCACACUGCAGACUGGAGACUCUCAGGCUGUCAGGCUGUCUGCUCACACAGGAAGGCUGUGCUUCUCUGGCCUCAGCUCUGAGCUCCAACCCCUCCCAUCUGAGAGAGCUGGACCUGAGCUACAAUCAUCCAGGAGACUCAGGAGUGAAGCUGCUCUCUGCUAGACUGGAGGAUCCAACCUGGAGACUGGAGGCUCUCAGGGUGGACCAUGGUGGAGAGCAGUGGUUGAAACCAGGUCUGAGGAAGUAUUCCUGUGAACUCAAACUGGACAUAAUCACAGCAAACAGAAACCUCGUCCUGUCUGAGAACAACAGGAAGGUGACAGCAGUGGCAGAGGAGCAGCCAUAUCCUGAUCACCCAGAGAGGUUUGACUCCUGGAAACAGAUCCUGUGUAGAGAUGGUCUGACUGGUCGCUGCUACUGGGAGUUUGAGUGGGAGGGAAAGGUUUAUAUGGGAGUGACUUACAGAGGAGUCAGCAGGAAAGGCGACAAUUAUGACUCUGUUCUUGGAUUCAAUGACAAGUCGUGGACUCUGACCUGCUAUGAUGGUGGUUUCUAUGCGUGGCACAAUAACAAAUAUACAGCCAUUCCUGCCCAUCCCUCUUCUAACAGAGUGGCAGUGUAUCUGGACUGGCCUGCUGGCUCUCUGUCCUUCUACAGCGUCUCCUGUGACACACUGAUCCACCUCCACACCUUCAACAACACCUUCACUGAGCCUCUGUACCCGGGGUUCAGGAUUUGGGAAUAUGGCUCCACAGUGUCUCUGUGUGACAUUUGAGGAGUGAAAGUCGCCUCCUGUGGAGAAACACUCACACUGCUGAUCAAAGACAUCUGCUUUGAUAUGAUAGCUCUCCACACGGUCAAAAAGCCUGAAAUAACAGACAUCGAUGACAGACUGAGUGACAGACUCAGGAGGCCACAAAAGCAGCCAAAAAGGAAGUGA